CAUAAACAUUUUAUUGGACAAAGUCGUAGUCGCCACAAAUUUGUGAGAGUUCACCAUAUGUUCAAACUGUAGAUAAACUUUAAGAAGCGUCAAUCUUAUUUCAUAAGCGGACAACCAAUUGAGAGCACGCACUUAGAUUAUUGUGUAUUUGCAAUGCAUCGCAACAAUAGCCACACUGACUGCUAUCAGCAUGAAUGAUCUCUGCAUCACGAUGCAAUUUUUUGUUUUCGUGUUGGUUACUGUUCAGUGUUUCCACUUAUCAAGUAACCCCCCUGUAUCGACAACCUACACCUCAUUCAACUCGCCAAAUAAACCACAGGAUGACGGCAUGAAAAAUCUGAAGUUAAAAUUACAAGGAGUUAUACAUAGACUGAGAGAAGGUAGAGAUAGGGAAGAGUCAAACAGACGGCUUUCGUUCAAAAGAGAAUUUUUUAGGCUGCACGAAACUAAGGACGCGGAACAGACGUCUGCUGCUGACCAGGAGUCUCCCCCAGCUGUGGAAGAAAAGACGUCCCUUCACGAUGAGAUGAUAUUUCAGUUAGUUUACAAAAGGUUCGGACAAUGUCUCGAUUUUCCGAUGUAUUCACCAAAACCCAUUUAUAUGGUGACCAAGUGUCCACAUCAUUCCAGCGACAAACAAGCCCAAUACUUGUGUCAUGGGAAUUAUAAUACUUUAUUGGAAGAGCGAUAUAAGUGUAUAAUAGAUCUUCAGCAUAUCCCUGUCCAGGAUCGACAUGGAAUUGUGUAUAAAAAUGUGUAUUGCUCACGAUGUCAUGGAGCACACAAUGUAAGUUCUUGGACCGCCGACUUAACAUUUAAUGAUAUACCUGAUCUUAAACUGAUGGAUGGCUCCAUCAAUACAUCCAUCAAUUUUCUGAAAAACAUGGAUGAUAUGGCAAUGUGUUCGAAUAAAAUAUUCCCCUAUAAUCAGAAUGUUAUUAAACACUGUCAUACCCCCAUUAGUGAUCACGUUCAUAGGAACCGCGCACGUAACGUGCCAAUAUACCCAAAGCAAGACGGAGAAACAAAAAUUCCGCUCUCGUUUCAAAUUUUGAUUAAUUUUGGAAUAAACGGCGAGGGUCACAUUAUAUUCAGCACAGAAACUACGCACCCAGUCGAAACAGUCUCGUGUCCCCCAAACCAGGUGUACUACAAUAGCCACUGCCGCGAGGUGUCAUGUGAUGAGGGUUACCAUCUAGAAAACUACGUCUGUCAACCCAAUCCUAUAUCUCUUAAUUCAGAAGAUUCCUUACUACAACUGAAAAAUGCAAAUGAGAUGUUGUCAUUGACAUUACGACUUAAUGCUAGUAAUGAGGACAUGUUAAUUUUAAAGCAAGACAAUGCAGAAACAAUGCUUAUUGAACAGAUUGCUUUUGUUUUGAACGUUACCUCCAGCCGCAUUAGAAACCUUACAAUUGUAAUUCGUAACGGCACGACGAAGUCCCAAAUGAUAGAGAUUGCUCACCCAGGUAACAAACAUUUUAAUGAAAACGAAGGAAGUUCUUCGGGAAUUUUAACAACCAAAUAUUUAUUCAAAAAUGAUACAUCCAACGACUCUUCUACUGCCACAGAACAGUCUUCCAACAAAGCGCUGUACACCGUAGAGUUAAAAUUUGAUCUCCUCGAGAACAUGAAAAAGACAGGGAAAUUUAGUUCUUCUCUGACCAGUGUGGUGGAUAACUUGAAUCAUUUGAUAAGAACUCAAAGUUUUAGCUUAGAACUGAAUGGUUCCGACUUCGAGAUAACUGAAAUAAAACAUCACAAUGUGUCGCACCAUCUUAUCACGUGGUGCAAUCAUGGAACCAAAAUCAUGAAGAAGGGAAGUGAAGUGGAUAUGAUGAAUUCAACUGACACCCGAACCGGGCGAAUGAUCCAUGGUGUAUUUGUGAAUGAAACUGGGAAAUUCUAUGGACCUGAUAUGUACGAUUUUUAUAUUUAUGUAUUGGGUGAAUUUGGAAACAUUAACAAUGUGACAGUAAAUGCUCUAGUUUUUCUCUGCGAUACGCCCCGUAUUCAAAACGGUGAAUGCGCAAGGCUUACUCUGAAUUCAACCUCCUAUGAGAAAUUGUUUAACAAUUCGGUUUUUUACGAAGGAGAAGUAUUUGAUUCUGAUAGGUAUGAAUAUGUAGACGAUACACACGACAAUAUCAGGAUAUGUAUAUAUAGUCAAGGUGUUUCUUCGAGUAUUCUGAAAACGUCGUGUGGUAUGGAAUUUCAGGAUGUCAUUGUGGCUGAGAGUUACUUGAGUUUUGUUUUAGGGAUUAUUUCAACCGUGGUCACAUUCCUGUCAUUGCUUACAUAUCUUAUUUUUAAAGAAAUGAGAAAUUUACCUGGUGUUAGUACUGCAAAUUUAACCUUCACUCUUUUUCUUGCCGAGCUACUUUUCAUCGUUUCGGGGGUGUCAAAGCCGGAUUGGAUGUGCUCUAUCAUCGGCAUGAUGCUUCAUUAUCUCUUUUUAUCGUCCUUCUUCUGGAUGAACGUGAUGUCGUAUGACCUAUACAAAACAUUUGCCAACAAGUGCAUCCUCACACGAGUAAGAAGCAAAGAGAAAUACCUUCCUCGAUAUGCUCUCUACGCUUGGGGAUCACCAGCUUUAAUCGUGGCUGUUUGCGCAGUUAUUGACUACACAGAUCUAUUGCCAUAUGUGAAAAUAAAGUAUGGCGGCGGUUCUCUUUCGUCUAAUGGUUUUGUGGACCAUACCUUGAGUGAUACCUCGGAGAACACAACUAUAUCACGACGAAUGGAGUCCAUGGAUGAAAAUUUAGGUUGUUGGAUACAGGAGCCAGUAGCUGCCCUUGUCGCCUUUGGGUCUCCAAUGCUUAUCAUUCUGUUCUCAAAUAGCGUCAUGUUUGUGAGAACAAUUUACUGUAUUCGCAAAACUUUGAAACUUGCAAACAUCAAAACAAGGCGGUCCUCUUUAAAUCACGUCACUGGAAAAUCAGAUGUCAGAUUGUACGUGCGCAUGUCCACAAUGAUGGGGUUUACUUGGAUUUCCGGUCUGGCUUCCUCUAUCGUCAGUGCUUUUGCAACAACCCCAACGUUCACAAUUUGCACGGUAUUGCAUGUGUUAAGUUUUUUGUUUAUCAUAUUUAAUUGCUCGCAAGGGUUGUUUAUAUUUUUUGCAUUCAUUUGCAAUAGAAGAGUUGGAAAUUAUUAUAAAGCCAUGUUUCUGAAAUGUAAGUCCAAGAUUACCAGGGAGAAAGUUUUGAAAUCGUCUAGAAUAUCAAUCAGUACGGUCACAUCGUGGACUUACACAUUUGAAGUUUAUCAAAUUACAGAAAAUAAGAACUGACGAGGGGGAAAAUUGUAAAUUGAUCAUAGAUACCACAUGCUUGUCUAUUUACGAGCUAUAAUAAUUGUUGCUACAUAAAUACCAUAUGCUUGUCUAUUUACGAACUAUAAUGAUUGAACAUUACUUCAUAAAUUCCAGAUGUUUGUCUAUUUACGAGAUGUAAUGAUUGUUACUACAUUGUACAUAAAUACCAGAUACUGGUCUAUUUACCAGCUAUAAUCAUUGUUACUACAUAAAUACCAGAUACUGGUCUAUUUUCGAACUAUAAUCAUUGUUACAUGUACUAUAUUAGUUCCUUCGAUAAAUAACUGUUGCUCUAGAUGUAUGUUUUCAUUUGUGUGGAAUCUGAACAAAAGUCACUUGUUUUUGGAUGUUUUGUGUCUUGACUAAUCACGUGGGCAAUUAUUUUUCCAGAAUGUCAACGAGUCUGCCAGUUAAUUUAUUAGACGUGAUUUCAGUUGACUAGUGUUUACAGAAAGUAUUCAAUCAGUGAUUCAGAAAUUGCGUAAAAUAUUAGUUUCUCCAGCAUUCCCACGUAAUAACUGCACAUUUUUAGUUAUUAUACUAGAAUAUGGGAUGUUGUAUGCGUAACUACAUAAAAGUAAUGGAACUUUGACCCUAAAAAGCAUUGUUUAUUAUCCCGCUCAAAGCCCCAGUUUUUAGUUGCUUAAUCAUUUUCAUUGCUGGAAUACAUUUAUGUAAAUACGCAGACAUACAAGUCCAAAUCACUGUAGAAUAUAUCAUUUAUGCAUUGAAUUCACAUGUACAUGUAUGGAAUUCUUUUACUAAUUGAGAAAAGUGUUUGUUUGUGUCGUUUGUCCUUGAAUUAAUAGAAAAAAUAUUAAGGGUAAUUCACUGUUCACAACUCUCCAUUCCUGGCUUGGAUCUCUCGAAAAAAUUCUCAAACUUAAGUUUAAGUUUUCUUCUAUUUGAGCAGUCAAAAUCUGCGUAAAACCUUAGCAUGAAAUCCAGGUCUGAUAAAAAAUGGAACUUCGAAACAAAAAGAAUGACGUCAUAGGUUGAGAGAUGGAUAUAUCUUCAGCAUGUAUAUCACUGGAUGUUUGUGUAGCACCGGGGCUUUCUAGUCUUUUUCUGGGAAGAAAAAGCAAAAAAAUUGUCUCUUCAAUUAUUUCCGCAUACUAACUAUAUUCAUCAUUCUCCGCGAAUGAUGUCGGUGGCAUAUUCCUUUAUCCCUGUUCGUCCCCUCCUUCAUAAUGAAGAAGAAUACAGCCGGUAAGGGUAGAUGACAUAGAGCUUACUUCAGAUUCUGCGAUGGACCUGAAUUUUGAAGAUGAAAAAUUUGCAUGCCUGAUAUCUGUAAGAUACUGCAGUUGACCUACAUUUUCAGCGUUAAACGUGAGAACGGGCUCAAUCUCCAGUCAUUGUAUAUUUUACAGCGAUGAAGCUGUUUAAGAUUGAUUCACCAAUAAGUUUCGGAGACCUCAAUCGUGGGGGCAUAAACUCCCAGUCAGUAUACGUGAGUCUGGAAAGCCUCGGCACUACACAGCAGCAUUUCUUUGGCCAAAUACAAUUCUAAGUAACUGUGCACUUUACAAUAAGAGCAGAAAUAAUACAGUAAAAGAUUGUACAAUCAAAUUAACCCCAUGAGUGUUGUUAAUGUAUUAAAAUAAAAUUCCAUUACAUAUAGAUGUGGUUUUUACUGUCUUUAUGACAUGCAUCUUUUUAUUUAUUUAUUUUUUGUGAACAGUUUCCAGUUUAAUUUACAUAUUUCUCUUGUUAUUCAAAAUGCAUAUUGUAAAAAAAAUUAUUAUUCAGUGUUCCUACUUACAGAGUAAAUUAAGAAUUAUUUUCACUAGAAAAUCACUUUCCCCUCGAAUCCGUCUCUCAUCGCGAAAUAUCCUUGUUACUUUGAAAAUACAUGUUUUUGUAUUGUGAUAAUAAUACAGGUGUACAGGCCAGUAUGUUUAGUUAAUUCAUUGUAAAUACGUGUAACAUCGUAAUGUGUAGUUAAUUCAUUGUAAAUACAUGUAACAUCGUAAUAUGUAAUUAAUUCAUUGUAAAUACAUGUAACAUCGUAAUAUGUAGUUAAUUCAUUGUAAAUACAUGUAACAUCGUAAUAUGUAGUUAAUUCAUUGUAAAUACAUGUAACAUCGUAAUAUGUAAUUAAUUCAUUGUAAAUACAUGUAACAUCGUAAUAUGUAAUUAAUUCAUUGUAAAUACAUGUAACAUCGUAAUAUGUAAUUAAUUCAUUGUAAAUACAUGUAACAUUGUAAUAUGUAAUUAAUUCAUUGUAAAUACAUGUAACAUCGUAAUAUGUAGUUAAUUCAUUGUGAAUACAUGUAACAUCGUAAUAUGUAGUUAAUUCAUUGUAAAUACAUGUAACAUCGUAAUAUGUAAUUAAUUCAUUGUGAAUACAUGUAACAUCGUAAUAUGUAGUUAAUUCAUUGUAAAUACAUGUAACAUCGUAAUAUGUAAUUAAUUCAUUGUGAAUACAUGUAACAUCGUAAUAUGUAGUUAAUUCAUUGUAAAUACAUGUAACAUCGUAAUAUGUAAUUAUUCAUGCAUGUCACUUCUGUCGUGUCGCACAUUGUGAUUUGAUUUAUUUUGUAUAUUUUAUUUUUCUACAAUUCAUUUGUAUCAACAAAAUAAAUAAACUUGACUACCGGA